GCGAGAUGGCGAUUGCAAUGGCGCUGUCAAGAAUGCCACCGCCGAUGAUCGGGCACGCGAUCGGCAAUGGAGAAGCGGCAGGGCCUGGCAAAUGCUAUCAGCUGGAGGAAAGGCUGAUGGAUCUCGAGAGGCACCAGGUAAACAGAGUGGUGCCGGCAAUCAAGCAAUGGAUCCGGGAAGGAAAUAGUGUGACCAGCUGUGGCCUGGAUCGUGUAGUGCGGAGGCUUCGCUCCAGGAAGCGCUAUCUUCAAGCUCUCAUGGCUGUGGACUGGGUUGCAAACGAGAAAGUGAUCCCAUUCGGCUACCACGAAACUCUCCAGCGCCUCGACCUUUGCUCGCGUUGUCACCACGUAACGAGGACACUUCUACUCUUUCGGAGGCUUCCAAAGCAGUGGAGGGGUGAGGACGCCUACUGCAUUCUUCUCGAAAUGUACUACAAGAGGGACAUGCUGGAGGACGCGGAGAAGACAAUGCAAGAGCUGAGAGGCAUUGGGAUCAAAAGCUUGCAACCUUACCAUCUCAUGCUCUCGUUUUACAAGCUCCGGGGCAUGGAAAUGAGGUUUGAGCGUAUGGUGACGGAGAUCAAGGGCUCCGGGUUGGCACUCGAUCGCUCUUUCUAUACGAUUCUGCUGGCUGCUCGUGACAGCUUUGGAGGUGACAUGGUUGCUGUGGAAGACGUUCUAGCCGAGAUGGAAGGCAGAGGUUUGAAACUCGAUGCAGUGGGGUGCUUGGCGGUGGCUGGGAUUUAUCUCAGGAGUGGACUGCGCCACAAGUCGGAACGGGUCUUACAGAGGUUGGAAAAGUCACUCAAGUCAGGUGAAUUCAAGUACUCGAAUUCUAUACGAAGGAGGAUGCUGGCCAUGUUUGGGAAACUAGGAGACAGGGAUGCAGUUGACAGGAUUUGGCAUUCAAUAGAGCGCUCUGCAAGUACUACCGUGGAGGACUUCAUCUUUGGCAUUGAAGCGUUUGGUAGAGUGGGAAAGAUGGACGAAGCCGAGGAUAUGUAUAUGCGAGUAGGAUGCAACAGCUGCAAUCCGAGGCUACACAAUGCCUUUCUCGCUGUCCUCGUGGAGCAGGGUGAUGUGAUUCGAGCCGUUGCUUUAGUGGAACGUAUGAAGGGUGUCAGAUGUCUUCUGAGCACGGUCACUUAUCAUCUUCUCAUCAAGGUCUACCUGAAGGCUGGCGAUGUGAGCCGAGCUACGCUUGCAUUCGAGAGCCUAAGAUCGGCUUUCGGGAAACUGGAGUGGCCGCGUCCUUCUUCAGAAACACUAGCGGUAAUGCUGGAGUUUUUCGUUGGAACAGGAGACGUGCAGGCCAGUGAACGUCUUGUCAAGAAGUGGAUGGAAGAUGGCUUUCCCUUGAGUGCCGCGGUUUUCCACUCCCUUGUCAGGGUAUAUGCGAAAGGCGGAGCUGGUGUUGACAACUUUCCUGGACGAAUGCUCAGUGCUGGAGUUGAGCCAACUCGUGAGACGGAGCAGCUUUUGAGGCAAAUCUCGACGUUUUUGCGCGAGAACAGCAAAAAAGAUUUUCCUUGAUCCGAUCGCCGAGGUGAAACAAGUUCAUGCAGAUGGCUACGUACUAGGCACUUACUGGUAAGCUGACGUCCACCCCUUUCUGCAUUUCUUCGAUCCACUCUCCAGUGGUCUGAAAUCGCAUGUGGACUGCGAUUAUUUGCAGGUCUGAUUUGAAGCUGCAGUGUGUGCUGCUGCAGACGAAAGUGAGACGAGGAGAAGGAUGGCUUACUUUCUCGGUGGUGGAAAGCCUCCUGAUCUCGAUCGGUUUGAGAAUGUGAUCUACUUCUUCCAAGUCGCUCCCGCCCUCAAGACCGUCCAUGAGCUCCCAGCUGGCAGAGAGCUCUGAGGUGCCGCCUGUUUGGAUAGUAUGCAUCCCAUUGCAAGAUCAGUGGGCGAGUCCUUGUGCUGCCUGGCCUGCAAUUAUUUAUUCUCUGGCAAUGAUGGCAAGGUGGUAGAUUGUGGAGGUGGCACUCAUUGCAGAGGAGAUUCGGUUUGCAAGAAAGGAAUGGGUUUAGAUCCGAGUUAAGAGACCCACACUCGGAAUAUCUCGGGUGGAUUGGCGUGGAAGCCAUGGCAUGGAGAGAAAAUUCCGUCGAAUCGAAGAUUUGAUAACUGACAAAACAAGCCAAGUCCAGGAAUCGCUUGGGAUGAAAUUAUGUUCCUGAAAA